AUGAUAGUAGUUGAGUUGCAGAAGUGGAAAAGAACUUUUCCCAACAAUAAAACGACAUCGUACCAGGACGGAUCCAGUUAGAUCGUGAAAGCUCCACAUACCUCCGUGAAGAGCAACACAUCACCGACGCUACACAAAACGCUUACGCAACCCUCAAUCUAUGAAAAGAUGAUCGAGUUCUCUUUCUAUGAUUGAGCUCUCAAACCCUUAAAACAAUCGCGAAAGUCAGUACAAAUUCAGAGAAUAUGGAAAGAAUCAGCAAGAGUUCUGCAGAUGGGUUCUCAGAGUUUUGGAAGAGAGAGAUGGGGUUUUCCCAGCCGAGAAACUUUACUCGCCGUAUAUCUUCUUCCGAGGCCCUCGUUAAAAGACUUGAUUUGUAUGGGAGGUUAAAUGGUCAUCAAGGUUGCGUAAACUCAGUUGAAUUCAACUCCACUGGUGACUUUCUUGUGUCUGGCUCUGAUGACAGACAAGUUAUGCUCUGGAACUGGGCUACUAAGACAUUAAGAUUGUCAUAUCCUUCAGGCCACUUGGACAAUGUAUUUCAGGCAAGAAUCAUGCCAUUCACAGAUGAUUGUAAGAUAGUUUCUGCAGCUGCUGAUGGCCAGGUCAGGCUUGGCCAGUUAUCGGAGAAUGGUCAAGUUGAAACAAAAAGGUUAGGUAAGCACCAAGGUCGCGUGCACAAGCUUGCUGUGGAGCCGGGAAGUCCUUACAUAUUUUACAGCAGUGGCAAGGAUGGUUUUGUUCAACAUUUUGAUCUGCGUAGUAAUCAUGCUACGAAGCUUUUCUGUUGCUCCUCAUUCACAGAAAACAACAAGCAGUCUUCAAGGAGCCUAAGGUUGAAUGCCAUUGUUAUAGACCCAAGAAAUCCUAAUUAUUUUACCUUAGGGGGUUCAGAUGUAUAUGCACGGGUGUAUGACAUCAGAAAAUGCCAAUUGGAUGCGUCAAGUAAACAAGAUAUACCCAUUAACACAUUUUGCCCUCGUCACCUGAUUGAGACAUAUGAUGUUCACAUUACGGCAUUGGAUUACUCUAACACAAGUGAACUGCUUGUCUCUUACAAUGAUGAGCUCAUUUAUUUGUUUCAAAAGAACAUGGGGUUGGGUCCUUUACCAUUGCCCGUCCCACAUGAAGAAUUGCAGAAACUGGAAGGGGCACAAGUUUACUCAGGGCAUAGGAAUUCUCAAACAGUUAAGGGAGUGAGUUUCUUUGGUCCCAAUGAUGAGUACAUCUUGAGCGGGUCUGAUUGUGGUCACAUAUUUAUCUGGAAGAAGCGGGGAGCUAAGCUUGUGCGUUUAAUGGUAGGUGAUCGACACAUAGUAAAUCAACUGGAGCCCCAUCCACAUAUUCCUGUUCUUGCUACCUGUGGUAUUGAAAAGAAUAUAAAGCUCUGGGCUCCUAUGUCACAUGACAUUCUUCCUCUGCCUCAUAAUGUUGAAGAGAUAAUCGAAUCUAACAGGCGAGGCAGAGAGGACCAUUCGCAGGUUACACUCACUCCCGAUGUAAUCAUGCAUGUUUUGCGGCUGCAUAGGAGGCAGGCAUUGGCUUACAUUGAAAGGAGAUACAAUAGAGCUGAUAUUGAGAGUGAUGAUGAAGAUGAAGGUGCGGCCUAUCUUUUAGGAUUUUCCGACAGUGAUGUCUCCUCCGAGGAGAGUGUUACAGGAGAUUCCAGGGAGUGCAACAUUAGCUAGAGCUGUGCACUUAAUCGGAAAUUCUUGGUAGUAAAAUGCAACAUUUCCAGGAAAAUGAAAUGCUUCCCCAAUACCAACAAUGGCCAACUGGGGAACCAGCCACAUGACUGACAUGGGUACAACAGCACCAUUUUGAUCUUGGAGGUGGUGAAAUUUUUCCAUUUUGAGCCGACUCGACUCCACCAGAGCCGCCACCGCCAUGCUGAGCCCUGUCAAUACAUGGCCGAUCCCAACUCGUUUGAGAGGUGUCAAUGGUCGGCCACUGAACUUCUCCAAGGUGGGAAACAAGACUCUGUCAAUGAAGAUAAUAGUGAUGGAAGUGGAGAUCAGUAUGAAGACUAUUAUGGAACCAGAUGGGAUUUGAAAAUGGGAUCCAAGAUGACGAUCCAUUGUUAGAGCUUGGAUUAUUGGCAAGCUGGAUUGGAUAACAAUUGGGAUGGACAAGAAUACUCCAGUUGACCAUAGUGGGAAGAUUCUGAUUAGGCUUUUGAGAUCUUCUACUUGUUGCACUGGGCAUAGCUUCCAGGGUUUUGCAAUGGAGCCAUUUGGUCCAAUGUCUCCUUCAGUUUUCAGUGCUGCGCGAUUCAGGAACCUGUAUGAUGGAGAGGACAGACUAUCCUUUGAUCAAAGAAAUCAAAUUUGCUCGGCUUACAAAGUAGUAUUGAUCUUAUGGAAUGAGACUUGUCACUAGAUAGUCUAGAUGAACUCGGUAGUGAUAUAGACAAGUGCGUUAGCGAUCUAUAAUGUUCCAGAUUCGGAUUGUAUAGUAUUAUCCGUUUUGAAUUAGGCCUACACAACUUUAAGACAGUCUUGUGCAAUGAAGGUUUAAGAGUUUUAUAAGAAUUUCACACAUACUUUAUCCAACAAUAUGAUAUGGGUGUGGUCUGCCAUGAUUUGUACCCUUAGGACCAUACUACAUGUUGGACUUAGCCAAACCUAAGUCAUGUUGAUUUUAGAAGAUGGCUCAUUCUAGGGCAUGGCUCUUAUCAUGUUAGUUGUCACUGUC